AAUCACAGCGGCAGCGGCGGCUGCGGCGCGCGCGAGCCGAGUGUGAGCGGAAAGGGGCCCGGCGUCUGCCUCGGGGCUGAAGACCGGGCCAGGCAUGGAGGGGCUGCUGCACUACAUCAACCCCGCGCACGCCAUCUCGCUGCUCAGCGCCCUCAACGAGGAGCGCCUCAAAGGGCAGCUGUGCGACGUGCUUCUGAUUGUCGGGGACCAGAAGUUCCGCGCCCACAAAAACGUGCUGGCUGCCAGCAGCGAGUACUUCCAGAGUCUGUUCACGAACAAGGAGAACGAGGCGCAGACCGUGUUUCAGCUCGACUUCUGCGAGCCUGACGCCUUCGACAAUGUCCUCAACUACAUCUACUCCUCGUCCCUGUUUGUGGAGAAGGGCAGCCUCGCGGCGGUGCAGGAGCUGGGCUACAGCCUGGGCAUCUCCUUCCUGACGAACAUCGUCUCCAAGACCCCCCAGGCCCCCUUCCCCACGUGUCCCAGCAGGAAAAGAACGUUCCUGGACGACGACGACGGCGCCGCUCAGCAGCGGAGCGUCAUCGUCUGUCAGGGCAGGACCGAGGCGCAGGGCAAAGCCCUCAGUCAGCUGCGGCCGGCUCUCAGCCCGCCCCCCCGGCCCUCGGCCAGCGUGGCCGGCAAGCUUGGCGCCAGCAGGGCCCCGGCUCCCCCGCAGGCUGACGAGGGCUGGCCGCCAGAGAGCCCCGGGGGCUCGGGGAAGCCCCUGGAGCAGAGCAGCUCCCUGGGCGAGCCCGACAGGGGCGGCGUGGCGAAAAGGACCACCGUCCUGCCUGCCCGGCCUCCACAGGACAGAGAGGCCGUGGAUGACAAGCUGGGGGCCGGGACAGCGCUUCCCAAGGGAAAGGCCAUUGAGCUGGCGCUGAAGAGGCCGCGGCCGCCCGUGCUGUCCCUCCGCAGCGCCUCGGAGACGCCCUACCUGCUGAAGGAGGCGGGCGCCGGCGAGGACCGCGGGCUGCUCUGCUACUCCAAGCUGGGCCUGGCGGCCCCUUCCGGCGCGGCUGGCUCCGGGGGCCAGGGCAUCGACAGGAGCGGCCCGCUCGUGAAGAGCCUCCUCAGGCGGUCGCUGUCCAUGGACAGCCAGGUCCCCAUCUACACCCCCUCCAUCGACCUGAAAUGUGCCCCCGCGGCAGCCUCAGCCUCCGCCGCCAGCGACGCGCCCGGGCGCGCGUUCUGUGCGUUCCCGCAGAAGGAGGCCGCCCCCGCGGCGGCCGAGGUCCGGGUCAAGGUGGAGCCCCGCAGCCCGCCGUCGGACCCCUCCGACAUCAUCCGCGUCACCGUGGGGGACGCGGCCUCGGCGGCGGUCCCCAGGGAGCCCUCUCUGAAGGCGGAGGACGACCAGAGCGACGUGAGCAGGCUCCCGGCCAAGCGGAGGUUCCAGGCCGACCGGCGGCUGCCGGCCAAGAGGCCGAGGGUGGACGGGCUCCCGUCCCCGGCGGCCGAAGAGCACUUCCAGGAAGGCCGGAGCCCCGCUCUGCUGGACGCGGACUUCCCGGAUUCUGACUUGAGUAAAGAUGAGUCCGGUGAGUUGGAGGGCGCGAGGCCCGGCAGAAAGUUCAAAUGCAAACACUGCCUUAAGGUCUUUAGGUCGGCAGCGGGCCUGCAGCGGCACACCAACAUGUACCACAACCCCGAGAAGCCCUACGCCUGCGACAUCUGCCACAAGCGCUUCCACACCAACUUCAAAGUGUGGACGCACUGCCAGACCCAGCACGGCGUGGUGCAGAACCCGUCGCCCGCCUGCGGCUCGCACGCCGUCCUGGACGAGAAGUUCCAGAGGAAGCUGAUCGACAUCGUGCGGGAGCGCGAGAUCAAGAAGGCGCUGGUGCUGAAGCUGCGGCGCGGCAAGCCGGGGGAGGGUUAG